AUCUGACUUGCGUAUCUUGAUGAACUAGCCAAUUUUUGGUCCCACCCCUUGCAAAUCUCUUGCAUACAUAAAGAGCAAAUGUAGCUGAUCAUCUUACACCAAAAGAAACUAACUAUACUACCAUAAGUGAAUCCCAGAACAAAGGUGCUGCAAAAAGCUAGAUCCUGCCAAGUUUGGUUUAAAUGGACUUUUGUGUGUUGUUUUGUAUGUGUGUAUGUGAAUCAGCCAAAUUCCAAUGUCUAAAUAGAGAAGAUGUUCACAUACCCUUGCUGCACACUAUGAAUCCUGGACCCUGUGUCCUCAUGAAACUGCACCAAGAAAAGUUGGAUCCAGCAGUUCGAUUUUACCCUGUCCUGACAAAUGUUGGCCACCCCCUGGGAAACUGCACCUACAAAUACAAACAAGGUAUCACUGCUGCCAGUUGCAGAGGCACUACAUCUAGACAGCAAAGCUAAGGGAGGGGUGGGAAUGCCAGGUGUGAUGCAGCCCAAAGUUAGCUGGGCCCAGCAGGAGACAGGUGCCAGCUUUUGCAGUGGCUUUGUGCCAGGCAGCUGCAGAGGGUGGGUGGAAUCUGUCCCCUCUACCGAGCAGUGGAGAAGUCCUUCCCUCUGGGCUGCCACCUCCCCGUCCCCAGCCCCCCUCCAGCCCUUUACAGCCAAAUCUCCAAGUCCUCCCAUGCGAAGGCGAGUGGGGCUGUGACUCCAGGAGCAGGCUCCUGCCUUUCCUGCCUGCAGCGGCAGCCGGAGCCGGGCAGGGGCGCUCUCCCCUCGGAGCUGGAGCCCGCAGAGCCAGCGAACGCCUCCCCCGGCGAGUGGCUGCCCUUCCAGGCGCAGAAGUUCUCGCAGCCCCAGCAGAGCCGGAGGAGGCGGGCGAGCGCAGAACUCGCCCGGAGCGGCCGCUGCCUGGCCCCGCACCCCGCCGCUCCCUCCCUCCCUCCUCCGCGGCCGCUGCUGCAUGAGGCGCCCGGGGCUGCGCUCCGGGGCCACCUGUUCCGCUCCGCGCCCGCCCGUGCCCGCCGCUGGCCAUGGACGCCUCGCUGGGCAAUCAGACCGGGGCGGCGGGGCUCUUCGCCGCCAACAGCAGUGACUCCCUGGGGAGGCUGCUGAACUGCUGCACCCCGGCCUCGGUGGUGACGGACAACGGCUUGGCAGGGAGCGGCCCGGACGAGCGGAGCCUCUACAUCAUGCGGGUGGUGCAGAUCGCGGUCAUGUGCGUGCUCUCGCUCACCGUGGUCUUCGGCAUCUUCUUCCUGGGCUGCAACCUGCUCAUCAAGUCCGAGGGGAUGAUCAACUUCUUGGUGAAGGACCGGCGGCCGUCCAAGGAGGCGGAGGCGGUGGUGGUGGGGCCCUACUGACUGGCGAGCGAACAGGUGGCACCGCCGCGCCGGCCCCCGUGGCCUUUUGUGCGAGGAGGCCAGCCCCGCCCCGGGACCUGCCGCCGGGGGGCUCUUUCCCGGCUGCCGGGAGUCGGUCCAGGAUCUCCCGCGCCUGCUGCGCGGGGCUGGCGGCGCCCGAGGAUGGGUGGCUGGGGGCGAGGACAGCCCCGGCCGGGCAGCCCCUGCGUGUUACGGCCGGAGCGGCGCCUCCUGCAGGGGCUUGUACAUAGCGGCGCUGGCGCGCCGGGUGGGUGGGGGGCUGCUGCAUGGCGAGUGUUAAUUCCUGUGGUAAACGAGAUUUGCUUCCGAGGGGCUGCGGGAGCUCAGCGGGGACUGGAGAUCGGCGCCUGGGCUCGGCGGGACGCGGGGGGUACAGCGCGUGGCCUCUGGCCCAGCCCCGGCGAUGGGCGAAGUUGUCUUUCUGCGGGAGCGCUCUCGGCUCGCCAAGUUUGUACCGGUCCCUCCUGCGCCUGCGAGCCGCUCCGCUGAGCCCUCGCUCGCCACGGCCCGGGCUGCCCCGCCACACGCGCUCGGCCGGUUGUUGUUGUUCUUUUCCUGGUUUCAUUGGCUUUAAUAAAUACACCUUAAACUUUUAGACCCUGCGCUCUUGGGGUCCUUGUGCGCAUCCCC